UUCGAGGGUGAAUUAUCCAUGUUGGAAAGUUAAAAGAAAGAGUAUGUUCUAACGGAGUGGGUGGAAAACCGGCAUCAUAUUCCGGGUUGCUCCGUAUAUUUCAUACUUUGGCCGGGCCCGUGAUCGGCAUCCAAACUCGACAAUCGACACAUCGUCAUCAUAGCUUGUUUUCAAGUGCUCACUUUCACGUAACAUCGAUCAAGUUGCCGUGUAUUUCCAAUCGAGAAUAUGGCUUCGUCAACGAUCCCCCGGUUUCUGCUCCCAAGAAUUUCUUGGAAAACACCCGGCGCAGUCGGAAGAAGAGCAAGGGAAUCCGUCUCGCAAUGUCGCGGUCUACAUAUCGCAACUCGAUCUCCGGCCGGUUAUAUAUACGCUCAACGAAAGGUUGCAUUCUCGAAUGGCGACGCUCCCAAGUCGAGGUCCGAAGCGACGAGGCAGGCAGGUUUGGCCUCCGCCAUUCAACGCCGGACGUUCGCCAGCACCGCUCGGAGACAGCGAGACCACCAUUUCGACACGCUGAAGUUCGUUCAGCGGCUGAAGGAGGAAGGAUUCACGGAAGAGCAAGCCGUAGCGAUGAUGAAGAUCCUCGGCGAUGUUAUUGAGGAGAGCAUCCAAAACCUCACCCGCACCAUGGUCCUCCGCGAAGACCAGGAAAAAACCACCUACACCCAAAAAGUCGACUUCGCGAAACUCCGCUCGGAGCUGCUGACUGCCGAUUCCACCGAGUCGUCCCUGACGCGCGGGUCACACGACCGCCUGACCAACGAGAUCGCCAAGCUGAACUCGCGGCUACGCGACGAGAUCCAGCGGACGCAGGCGUCGGUGCGGCUGGACCUGAACCUCGAGAAGGGGCGCAUCCGUGAGGAGGCGAACGUGCAGGAGAUGAAGCUCAAGGAGACGGAGACGCGGAUCGAGCAGGAAUCGGCAGUGCUGACUGAGCGGUUGGAGGCGGUUAAGUUUUCGACGUUGCAGUGGCUGAUGGGCGUCGCAACGGGUACGGCAGCGUUGAUUCUUGGUGCUUGGAGACUGCUCAUGUGAGAUGGAUGACGAGCAAGAUGGCGAUGAACCGUUAGUUUCAACGAGGCUAAGUUGGACCAAUAGCUUCCUGGAUCUACUAUUGUUCGGGCAAACCAUAGCGCACCGAUGUGAAAUGAUGUUCGAUCUGAUCUGAGACCCACAGCGGUUGUUUAAUGUUGUUUCGACAUGUGACCUUGGUGUUGUUGUGAUCGAAAAGU